CCACUCACGCAGCCCUGGUUUUAUGAGGGAAAAUGUUUCGUCUCGGCCAACAGUUUAUCCCCAAGAUCGCCUUCAACUCCUUUCUAUCUGCCGUGCCACGGGACUAUUUUCAUUUUACGAGACAAUAUAAUAAAAGCUGGACGUGUAUUGGCUGAUUAUUAAUCAAAAUCAUCUAUUUUAUCUGCGUGAAAAUGCCGAGGACCAAGAAGAAGAAUAGCAGCAGCAAGGGAGGGCAGCAUGGAAAUGUGCAGCCUUUCAGUGAUGAGGAUGUCUCCAUUGAGACCCUCAGUCAUUGCAGCAGCUUCAGUGACACCGCCAGUGUCGCAGAUGAAGGUGGAGAGGCCAGUGAGGACGCAGCCCAGGAGGAUUUCCAGUACAAGCUGAAGGGCUUCAUCGACAGCACUGUUGAUAAGAGUGCUAAGACCAGACAAGGGGCGCUGGAUGGGCUUAAGACGGCAAUGGCCACACGGAUCCUGUAUGAGUUCAUCUCGGAGAGAAGGAUGACCAUCACAGACAGCAUCGAACGCUGCCUCAAGAAAGGCAAAGGCGAGGAGCAGCGGGCGGCAGCUUCUUUAGCCUGCCUGCUGUGCAUCCAGCUGGGCUCGGGCAUCGAGAGCGAGGAGGUGUUCAAGACCCUGAAACCAAUCUUCAAAAACAUCCUGGCAGACGGAUCAGCCAACAUACAAGCCAGGCAGGCUGUUGCGACAAGUCUGGGUCUGUGUACUUUAGUUGCAGAAGAUGACAUUUUGGACGUGCAUGCCACCAUGGAAUGCUUUGAGAACCUGUUCACCCGGUCCUACGCGAGGAUGGAUGGUACCUGUCCUUUGAUCAAUCCCCAGACGAGCCAGCUCCACACCAACGCCCUGCUGUCCUGGGCUCUGCUGCUCACCAUCUGCACUGCCAACCAGCUCAAAGACAUCCUGCGCAAACACCUGCCAAAACUGCCAAGAUUGCUGGAAAGUGAGGAUGUCAACAUGAGGAUUGCUGCAGGGGAGACCAUUGCGCUGCUUUUUGAGUUGGCCAGAGACCUGGACGCUGAGUUUGAGUUUGAUGACUGGGACCAACUGUGUGACAAACUGAACGCGUUAGCCACGGACUGUAACAAGCACAGAGCCAAGACCGACAAGAGGAAGCAGCGGUCGGUGUUUAGGGACGUACUCAAAGCUGUUGAGGAGGGCGACUUCCAGUCUGAGGCCAUUCGCUUCGGGACUGAGCGCAUGACCAUCGACAGCUGGGUCAGAAAGAGGACCUAUGAUGCCUUCAGGGAGUUUGUGGGCUCUGGGAUGAACUACCACCUACAGGCCAAUGAAUUCAUCAGAGACGUGUUUGAACUGGGACCACCUAUGCUGGUUGAUUCCGCCACAAUAAAGGCCAUGAAAAUCCCUCGCUUUGAAAGGCAUCUCCACAACUCUGCUGCAUUCAAGGCCCGGACCAAGGCCAGAAACAAGUUCAGGGACAAGAGGGUGGAUGUGGGAGAAUUUUAACCUCUCUUUUUUUUUUUUUUUUUUUCCCUCUUUUUCUUUCCACUCUAAUACCCUAUUUAUCAGACUUCCCUGCUUUUUAGAUGAAUUAUCACGACUUUGUGUCCAUCCAAAUCCAUCUUUUGAAUAUCAAACGCUCGCCCUUUGUAGACUUGAAAGGUGGCUUUAUCACCGAUGCUCUGUAGUGGACACUCUCUUUUAUAGCGUCCUUUCAAACCUACAGGAGGGGAGUGUUUGAUAAUCAAACGGUUAGAUUUUGAGUAAUGUAUCCACGCAUAAACAGUGGUGUUGUACAUAAUAGUGUAUAUUUGUUUGCUCCUCAUGUUAAUAUUCAAUAUGUGGCCUUUUUUUCCAUUUUUAACAUAAGUUAUAUAAUUUUUCCAGCAUUUGUCUUGCACCACGUAAAUCUAGUUAGUUCAUAGCAAUGUCCAGACGCAUGAUCUAACCCCUUUGAUGAAUUUGUAUUAAGUUGCACUUCCUUGUUAAAACCUUAGAAGGUUAUUCCUGUAGGACCUCGGUGGAUAUUGUGUUGUCUUUUUAGUAUUGGGUAUGUAAUCUAAAGGGCAAGGAUGGUGAAAUAAACAGUGAAAAGCUGAAA